UCACCUCAUAGCGCAACCAGCAGCCAUUCGAUGCCGAGAUCCAGAUGAUCUGGUACUUGCUCUAUCCGCUGCGAGGGUGAGGACACGCUCGAUUCCAUUCCCUCGCUACCCUCCAUCCCAGAGCCCGGAGGUAGCCUCGUCCAAUCAAAAAGCUGUGUUGACCAUGGGUAUCUGCGCCAUAGAACAACAGAGGCACCUGUCCUCGCACCAUCUCACCCGUUUCGACGAGCUGUUGCUCGCUACGGCCGAAAUGCGUCUCGCAAUGCCAUCGGGACGCUGCUGGCCUCGGCCGGCGUUGCUUCACUGCUAAUAUACCCGGUGCCAUUUCUGUACACCACCGAUUUCGUCAGCGCGGCGUCGAACCUCCCUCACCAUGCAUGGACCGCCGCCCAGCCGCUCCGCUACGACGCCGCCAUCACUCCCGACAUCAUCAUGCGUUCCAUAUGGAUCCAUUCGAGCUAUAUGCAAGCAUUGAGCCCGGACGUCCUCCUGUCGGCUCUCGAGCUACAAGACGAGCUUCUGGGCACAACUCAAGACUUCAACCCUGGCAGGUAUUCCGGCCUGCCUCCUCCCGGUGACCCCAAUGCGCCCCUAUCGCCAGCCCAACGCGAUGCUCUCCACGUCGUUAAUGGCCUGACCGACCAGUCGUGGGCAUUUCAAUCGCCGCUGCUGUACUGGAACUGCUCCCGCGAACGAAUUCUGGCCGACGAAGAUAUCCUGGCAACCGUCAACGACAGGAAGAACCAAUCCACACCGGCAAACAUCACCUUACGGCACUCUAUUGUUUUUAGUGGCAAGCGAUUUGAAGAUCGCCGUUUACUAGCCGCCGACGCCCUCGUCAUUACGCUCUUGUACCGAAAUGCGUCGCCUGUUGGUCGCCAUUGGGAGGACGUCGCGCCAUCUUUACCCGCCAAGGUAGGGGACAAAUGGGACAUAUAUCCUGCAAACGGCCAAGUCUCAGGCAGCCAGCUCUAUGAGUUUAAAUUCAGGCCGAUUACUGCUCAAGAUUCAAUCAUUUUUGCCGUGGCCUAUGCGGUCGCCCUCCUAUAUUUCCUCAUAAACCUAACGAAGCUCCGCGCUAUCAAAUCCAAGUUUGGCCUCAUAGUCACCGUCAUUGCCCAGAUAUUGCUUUCGAUUGUGUCUAGUCUCACUGUCUGCGCUUUCUUGAACCUCGAUCUUUCCCGUAUUCCGCGGGCCGCAUACCCCUUAAUAGUGCUGAUAAUGAGCCUGGAUCAUAUCCUUCGGCUGAUGAACGCAUUGAUUCGCACUCCUUCGGAAGAUAGUACGAGCAACAGGAUAGGGUAUGCUUUUGGCGAGAUUGCGCCCGCUGCCUUGGCAACCUCCAUCCAGAACUGUGCGAUUCUAAUAGCAUUGUCACGCGUUGUCUCGCCAGGCGUUUCCGAAUUCUGCAUCUUUGCGGCGGUUGCAAUUGUGCUUGAUACUUUCUAUCUAUCUACCUUCUUCCUCUCUGUCCUCAGUGUUGAUGUGCGUCGAAUGGAGCUUGGGGAUGCUCUCGCAAAAGAGUCUAUGCGUCGUAACCGCAAUGCGAACUACAGUCGCAACUCCUCCUGGGUGAAACGCAUAGUUCAAGGGAAGAUUGCAUUAUCAACACGAGUCGCUGGAACACUCGUCGUCCUGGGCUUCGUAUUUAUCGCCCAAUCUCGUUUUUUCAGCGAUAGAGAUAUUUCUCGGCGGCUAUCUCAGUUAUAUGGCGGCAAAAAUUUAGAGCCCAGCCUCCCAUCUCCUUUGAAGACAUCUCUACUGAACGAAAUCCACCAAGCAAGGAGUCCUACUUCUUGGCUACUGCUGCAAGACCACGAUGCAGCUCAUGAAAUAAUUCGCAUCAUAAAGCCUUCAGCCUAUAGCUACAUAGCCAGAGUCUAUGAGCCUUUGGUUUUUGUAAAAAAGGGAUCCAAUCGAGCGCCUCGGAUGAAAGAGUCGAUUUUAUCACCAGCAGUACUCGAUUUUAUCAAUCAUCAGCUCACUCCGCUCGUUUUCAUAGACGUUCUUGUGGUUUUUCUGCUCCGCCGACUUACAGCCUAUCUUUUACCAGAUGACAAAGCGAAGCGAGAAGGGCUCAGUGAUUCUAGCGAGGAGCCUAGCCUGGGAGUUAAAACAUUGUCCGGAGGGCAUUGCCUUGAUAUAGCUAUGCUCGCAUAUUCCUCUGGAGGAUACGCUGUGUCUGUUGGCUUGGACCGUAAAAUUUGCCUGUGGAGUCUUAACAACGAGGAUCGAUGCUUCACAAUCUCUGACCCAGAAAGAGAUAUCGGGAUUAAAUUUCCCGUACUUGCAAUUGCCAUUGAUGAGGACUCGGAGUGGCUAGCAAUUCUGUCAUCGGAUGCUGUCACUUUUUGGAACAUUGCAACCAACGUGCAAGGCCCUAUCAUAGCUGCGGAAACCUACAAUCAGAAGCCAACAGCUUUCUUCUUAGAUCCGAAUGUAUCAUCAAACAUUCCAAGACCCGUUAUAGUAUGGAAGAAUGGAACCGUCGUAGAUAUUGAACCGGCUUCAGGAGAAAGCCGCGAGUUCAUGCUUUGUUCCGGGCUAACCUGCGCACGCCAACUUAUAAGUAUAGCUGGCGAGCAUCAAAGUCCGACUGUUUUCCUUAUAGCAACAUCUCGAAAUGGAGAUAUACAUGUUGUAGAAAGAAUCGGGAUGUCGUGGGGAGAGCAGAAAGUUUUUACAGGAAAGCUUGUGGUUGAUGAAAUACAUCAAGUUGUACCGCUUUCGCCUCUCGCCUAUUUUCUUGCAUCGUCAAAGUCGGACGUUCAUCUCAUAAACCUGAAUGAUGGAUCUACUGCUUGGAGCUUCUCGAUAGAGAACUUGCGACCGCGUUCGCUCGACUGUGCUUUCUCCUGCCAUCGGGCAUCAAACGCCAUGUCAAUAGGGCUCAAAUCUUUCACACUCAGCUACCAGGCGCUGGACUCCGGUGACGGUAUCUUACACACCUUUACACCUCAUGAGGACGAUGACGCUAUUUUUCUGCAGAAUUAUGGUAUUGAUCGUGCAAUCAGCGGAUGGUGUGGUUGGUCUGAAGCAGUACAAACAACGAAACGCAUAGACAACCCUGGUGUUUGGAGACUUCUGUAUGAUGGUAGUGCAAUUGGGCUUCGUCGUCGGCCCCGUACCGAAUCGAGGAACCGACAGCAGAAAGCUAUUUCGAGCGUGCGAAACCGCCUACCGAACGCAAAGAGUCAGGAAGUUGGGGCUUUCAACUGCUGGGAGUUGUGGAGAGCGGCACCUGGUGACCGUCAAGAUAUAGAUGAAAUCACACCUCUUUUCCCCAGUGAUGAAGACCCGGGGCAAAUGAUUGUCUGCGAGCCGGGUCCCGGUGUCAAAUUUGGGGAGUCAUCGGUCGCUUUUGCAUUUGGCAAUGUUAUAAAGGUAGCAACAUUGAGCGGGUACAAGCCGUCGGGAAUCAAUGAGGUAAGCCAUGAAUCGCUAAUGAAUAUGCCUACGAGACGUCGGAAGGGAGGGACAAUGGCCAGGCCAACGGGGACCUAAAGCCGUAGCAGCUUUACCAUGUUAUAUAAGCAUAUAUAAAUGACCAGAGCUCAGCUUUCACCAUUGUCGACUUAUUUUGAUGAGUUAUGUGAGCACGCUGCGGUGGCGCAAGUGCAAAGAGCCAGCCAUGAGAAGGGUUACAGUAUAACAUCACAGAUUGUUGACACAAAGAGUUGCCUUGAUGUACCAGGAGAAUGAAUUAAACGCAUUACAGCCAGCUAUGUUGGCAAGAUAUACUGUAUUGAGAGAGAAAAAGAAGGGGGGGAUAUAAAUUUGAACGUUAACUAAAUAUAGGGAUAUAUACUAACAUUAGCUGUCAAAACGCUGUUUGCCUAACUGGGUCCAUGUCGAUUAGCGGCUAUGCUCUCUACUCGCCGAGGGGGGAGUACACUGGGAGAAAAAUAAAAUACAC